AAGUACAAAUCAUUUCUCUAUAUACACUAUAUACACACAUUCGGAACAUAAUGGGUUCUAAUGUUUCAUCUGUACAUGAUGUUCCUUCAUCAGUGGAAAACAAGAAUGGUUUGGUUGUGGAAAUCGAAUCAAGAAGACAAUGGAGAUCUGUCUUUGACUCCAUGAAAGUUUCAAAUAAAUUGCUAGUGAUUGAUUUCACUGCUGCCUGGUGUGGACCUUGUAAAGCAAUGGAACCUAGAGUUAAGGAAAUCGUUUCUAGGUACCCAGAAGCUGUUUUUGCGAGGGUUGAUGUGGAUAAACUCAUGGAUGUGGCUGGCACGUAUAGAGCAAACACACUCCCAGCUUUUGUUUUUAUGAAGAGAGGAGAAGAGAUUGAUAGGGUUGUUGGUGCCAAACCUGAUGAACUUCAAAAUUGAAAAACAUAGGGUUUAAUAUUGUACUUGUUCAUUGGAGAACAAAAUAUUAUACUUUUGAGUGAUCAUGUGUGUUUCAUUGUUUGAAGUUGAGUUUUUUG